AAUAUCUUUGUCAUUUCUCAUCUCUCUCUGUUCAGUCAUUCAUCUUUCUCUUCUCUCUUUUUUCACCUGUUCAUCUUCUCCUUCACUCCACCUCCAUUUUUCCUCUGUCUUUUCUUUAUCAUCAUGCAUCUCCUCACUCGCCCUCUAUCUUCACCUCUCAUCAUAUGUGUGUGUGUGUGUGUGUGUGUGUGUGUGUGUGUGUGUGUGUGUGUGUGUCUCUCUCUCUCUCCCUCGCUGUGAGUCAUGCUCUCUCUCUCAGUCUCUCUCCACAUCUGGCUCCAGGAGGAGAAAAACAGCAGAUUAAGGAGCUGGACUGAACCAUUGGGCGCUUCUUGUAGGGGUGGCCCAGCUGUUUCACACCGAAUAACACGGAACAGUCGGUGUUUCUCCACAGAAUCCUGCUCUCCGGUCUGCUGUGCGCUGGUCACAGGUGGUCAGUCACAGACUGAAGCGAAAUUAAAAAGAUUAAUUGGUGUUUAAUUGGUUUGGCUGCCCCCCUUUAAUUGACCCGCCCCCUCCCACCCGGGCGCGCAGUGGUACGGUCCAGAUGGGGGGCUGGCUGUGGCUGAGCAGGGACAGACCGAGCCGAGCCAAGCCGAGGCAGGCUGUGUGUGAAUGGGGGAGACGCGCCGCGCCGCUCCGCUCUCUGAACCUCUUCUCUGGAUUAUUGGUCCACUUUUUAACGCAUGACGUUGGUACCGGUCCGGACCGCUCCCGCUGCGCACACCUGACCACAGCCCGCCCAGCUUUAUGUGACCAGAAGAAGAAGAAAAAGAAGCAGAAGAAGAAGAAAGGCGGCAGCGGCAGCGCGCGUGGGACUGUGGAUUUAAAUAACUGAUUGGACUUUUCUGCGCGUGUCCGUCCAGGGUUAAUUGUGUGACUCGGCUCACUGUACCUUCCUGCCGCCGGAGUGAAAACUUUAUUAUCCCUUCAUUCAGAGUUUGAGCGCUGCGUCUUCUUCUUCAGAUGUGUGAGCUGAAGCUGCAGAGUGAAGCAGACCUGCUCUCCUGUCACAGCGUCAUUAAACGCCGCGGCUGUAAUUAACACGACGAGGCCGUUUGUUUGUGACGACACAUCAGGGACGUCGCUUCAGUCACAUCAAACCGCUCAGACGUUUGGGCUGAAAAUCACCAGGUCAUCAGUUUCUCUGCAGCUGUAGUGAGAUGUGAUUUUCACUGUUCGUUAAUCUGCUGUCAGGUCGUUCAAUCUGAGAGACAGUCAUGCUCCAGUGACGCUGACUCUUCAUCAGACCUGCAGCCAGCUCUUCUCUCCUCCUCCUCCCCUCCUCUCCUCUUCCAUCCCUCUGUCCUCUCCUCCUCCUCCUCUUUCUAUCCACCAUGCUCCCCUCUUCCUCCUGCUCUUCCUCUCCUCUCCUCUUCUUCCUCCUCCUGUCCCUCCUCCUCCUCUCCUCCCCCCUCCUCUCCGCCCCAGCUGUUCCUCCCCCUCCCUCCACGGCGUCGGGCAGGGCGGUGUACCGAGCCUUCGACACCUCCCUCACCCACCUGACGGUCCACCGGAGGACAGGUGAGGUGUUCGUCGGCGCCGUCAACAGAGUGCUGAAGCUGUCGGCCAAUCUGACGGAGCUGAGGAGUCACAUGACCGGACCUGUGGAGGACAACGCCAAGUGCUACCCUCCGCCCAGCGUCAGGGCCUGCGCUCACCGCCUGGAGUCUUCAGAUAAUGUGAACAAGCUCUUACUGGUGGAUUACACUGGGAACAGACUGGUGGCGUGCGGGUCGAUCUGGCAGGGCGUCUGUCAGUUCCUCAGGCUGGAGGAUCUCUUCAAACUGGGAGAGCCGCAUCACCGCAAAGAGCACUACCUGUCUGGAGCCAGAGAGGCUGAUGGGAUGGCAGGUGUGGUUGUCGGUGAGGACGACUGGACCGCCGACCCAAAGAGGAAGAAGCCAUUGAAGGGUGGCAGCCGUCUGUUCAUCGGCGCCGCCAUUGAUGGAAAGUCUGAAUAUUUCCCCACGCUGUCCAGCAGGAAGCUGGUGGCGGACGAGGAGAGCGUCAACAUGUUCUCGCUGGUCUACCAGGACGAGUUUGUCUCCUCGCAGAUCAAGAUCCCAUCGGACACUCUGUCUCUGUACCCGGCCUUCGACAUCUACUACGUCUACGGCUUCUCCAGCCGCACCUACGUCUACUUCCUGACUCUGCAGCUGGACACGCAGCUGACGCAGAUGGACGCCGGCGGGGAGAAGUUCUUCACCUCUAAGAUCGUCAGGAUGUGUUCCAACGACACCGAGUUCUACUCCUACGUUGAAUUUCCUCUGGGCUGCACCAAAGACGGCGUCGAGUACCGCCUGGUCCAGGCUGCCUACAAACAGAAGCCGGGGCGGCGGCUGGCCCAGGCGCUCGGCCUGUCCGAGGACGACGACGUCCUCUUCGUUGUCUUCUCGCAGGGGCAGAAGAAUCGCUCGAACCCGCCCAGAGAGACGGUCCUCUGUCUGUUCACCCUCCAUGACAUCAACCUGGCCAUGAGAGAGAGGAUCCGGUCCUGUUACCGCGGCGAGGGUCGCCUCUCGUUACCGUGGUUACUGAACAAGGAGCUGCCCUGCAUCCACACGCCGAAGCAGAUCGGAGAUGAUUUUUGCGGCCUGGUUCUGAACCAGCCGCUGGGAGGCCUGAGGGUGAUCGAGGGGAACCCGCUGUACGAGGACCGGACUGAGGGCAUGGGCGCCGUGGCUGCCUACACCUACGGAGAACAUACGGUGGUGUUCGUGGGAACCCGGAGCGGACAGCUGAAGAAGAUUCGUGUGGAUGGGAUCCCACCUCCGGCCCAGAAUGCUUUGCUGUAUGAGACGGUGACGGUGGUGGAAGGGAAGCCGAUCCUGAGAGACAUGGUGUUCAGUCCAGACCAUCAGUACAUCUACCUGCUGAGUGACCGACAGGUGACCAGACUUCCUGUGGAGAGCUGUGAGCAGUACAGCAGCUGCUCAGACUGUCUGGGAUCAGGAGACCCUCACUGUGGCUGGUGUGUCCUCUUCAACAAGUGUUCCAGACAGGAAGCAUGUGACAAGUGGGAGGAGCCUCAGCACUUCAACACGCGGCUGGAUCAGUGUGUCGACAUCUCUGUUACCCCGAGCAACAUGUCAGUCACGUCCCCGGCAACACAGUUGACCAUCCGGGUCCAGAACGUCCCGGCGCUGUCAGGGGGCGUGUCCUGUGUGUUCGAGGACCUGACUGAGACCGUUGGAGAGGUUCUGGCUAAAGGUCAGGUGAUGUGUAUGUCCCCGUCACUGAGAGACCUGCCGACACACACACAGUCCUACGGAGAGAAACGUGUCGUCCAACUGAGUCUUCGAUCCACAGAGACCGGACAUCAGUUCAUCACCACCGACUUCAUCUACUACAACUGCUCUGUGCUCAACUCGUGCACUUCCUGUGUCAGCAGCGUGUUUCCGUGUCAUUGGUGUAAAUAUCGUCACGUCUGCACCAACAACCUGCAGGACUGUUCCUUCCAGGAGGGGCGGGUCAGCAGCAUGGAGGGCUGUCCUCAGAUCCUCCCCACCUCUGACAUCCUGGUCCCGGCCGGAAUGGUUCGUCCAAUCACGUUACGAGCUCGUAACCUCCCCCAACCUCAGUCGGGUCAGAAGAACUACGAGUGCGUGUUCAACAUCCAGGGAAAAGUUCAACGCAUCCCGGCUGUCCGCUUCAACUCCUCCUGCAUCCAGUGUCAGAACACCUCGUACUGGUACGAAGGAGACGAGGCCGGUGAUCUGCCUGUGGAUUUCUCCAUCGUCUGGGACGGAGAUUUCUUCAUUGACAAGCCUGCAGCUAUGAAAGCGCUGCUGUAUAAGUGCGAGGCUCAGCGCUCCAGCUGUGGUCAGUGCCUCAAAGCUCCCGCAGCCUUUGAAUGCGGCUGGUGCGCCGAAACCAGGAAGUGUCUCCUGCGGCAGCACUGUCCUUCACCGGACCAGAACUGGAUGCACCACGGCCGACACAACCUGCGCUGCAGCCACCCGCGGAUCACCAAGAUCGACCCUCUGACCGGGCCGAGGGAGGGCGGGACCCGGGUGACCAUCGAGGGGGAGAACCUGGGUCUGCAGGUGAAGGAGAUCGCUCACGUCCAGGUGGCUGGAGUCCGCUGCAACCCCGUCCCCUCGCAGUACAUCAGCGCCGAGAGGAUCGUGUGCGACAUGGCCGAGGCUCUCCUCCCUCACUCUCCAGGCGGUCCCGUCGAGCUCUGCAUCGGCGUCUGCAGCGCCGAGUAUCGGACCCUCUCCACACAGACGUACUCCUUCGUGAGCCCGAGUUUCGCUCGUGUUCGCCCAGAGAAGGGACCCGUUUCUGGGGGAACCAGACUGACGGUGACGGGUCGACACCUGGACGCCGGCAGCACUGUCACCGUCUAUAUUGAUAAGGAGGAGUGUCUGUUCGUCAAACGGACCAAUCGUGAAAUCAUCUGCAUAACUCCCGCCUCUCUGACUGGCUCUGGCCCCGCCUCCAUCCGUCUGAUGAUCGACAAGGCCGAGGUGACGAGCUCGGACACCAAAUACAUCUACACCGAGGACCCGACCAUCACCAGCAUCGAGCCCAACUGGACCAUCCUCAAUGGCAGCACAGUGAUAACAGUGACAGGAACCAACCUGUUGACCAUCCAGGAGCCCAAAGUCAGAGCCAAGUACGGAGGAGUGGAGACCAACAAUUUCUGUACCGUGGUCAACGACAGCACAAUGACGUGUUUGGCUCCAGGUUUGGUUUAUGGUAAGCCGAACCCACCAGAGGGGGCGCUGCGACCCGACGAGUUCGGCUUCAUCUUUGACCAGGUCUCCUCUCUGUUGGUCCUGAACUCCACCCCCUUCACUCACUACCCCAACCCGACCUUUGACCCCCUGGGGAACUCUGGGAUCCUGGAGGUCAAACCAGGAUCACCCAUCAUCCUCAAGGGUAAGAACCUGAUCCCUCCGGCGCCGGGCAACAACCGUCUGAACUACACGGUUCUGAUCGGAGAGGCUCCCUGCCUGCUGACCGUGUCAGAGAACCAGCUGCUCUGUGAUUCGCCAGAUCUCACCGGAGAACAGCGAGUCCUGAUCCUGGUCGGGGGUCUGGAGUACUCCCCCGGAACGCUCCACAUCUACUCCGACAGCGCCCUGACCCUGCCCGCCAUCAUCGGUAUCGGAGCGGGCGGCGGCGUGCUGCUCAUAGCGAUCAUCGCCGUGCUCAUCGCCUACAAGAGGAAGACCCGCGACGCCGACCGCACGCUGAAACGCCUCCAGCUGCAGAUGGACAACCUGGAGAGCCGGGUGGCGCUGGAGUGCAAGGAGGCCUUCGCAGAGCUGCAGACGGACAUCCAGGAGCUGACCAACGACAUGGACGGGGUGAAGAUUCCCUUCCUGGAGUAUCGGACCUACACCAUGAGAGUCAUGUUCCCCGGGAUCGAAGAGCACCCGGUCCUCAAAGAGCUCGACUCUCCAGCUAACGUGGAGAAAGCUCUGCGUCUCUUCAGUCAGUUACUGAACAACAAGAUGUUCCUGCUCACCUUCAUCCACACGCUGGAGGCUCAGAGGUCGUUCUCCAUGAGGGACCGCGGGAACGUCGCCUCGCUGCUGAUGGCGGCGCUGCAGGGUCGGAUGGAGUACGCCACCGUGGUGCUGAAACAGCUGCUGGCCGACCUGAUCGAGAAGAACCUGGAGAACAGAAACCAUCCCAAGCUGCUGCUGAGGAGGACUGAGUCCGUUGCUGAGAAGAUGCUAACGAACUGGUUCACCUUCCUACUGCAUCGAUUCCUCAAGGAGUGUGCAGGUGAGCCUCUCUUCAUGCUGUACUGUGCCAUAAAGCAGCAGAUGGAGAAAGGACCGAUCGACGCCAUCACUGGAGAAGCUCGCUACUCUCUGAGCGAAGACAAACUCAUCAGACAGCAGAUCGACUACAAACAGCUGACUCUGAUGUGUAUCCCUCCGGAGGGCGAGGCAGGGACGGAGGUGCCGGUGAAGGUGCUGAACUGCGACACGGUGACUCAGGUCAAAGACAAGCUGCUGGACGCCGUCUAUAAAGGGAUCCCGUUCUCUCAGAGACCUCAGGCCGACGACAUGGACCUCGAGUGGCGUCAGGGCCGACUGACCCGGAUCAUCCUGCAGGACGAAGACGUGACCACCAAGAUCGAGAGCGACUGGAAGAGACUGAACACACUGGCACACUACCAGGUAACUGACGGCUCCCUGGUGGCGCUGGUCCAGAAGCAGGUUUCUGCCUACAACAUCGCCAACUCCUUCACAUUCACCAGAUCACUGAGCAGAUAUGAGUCGUUACUUCGAACGUCCAGCAGUCCAGACAGUCUACGAUCCAGAGCUCCGAUGAUCACCCCGGACCAGGAGACAGGAACUAAACUGUGGCACCUGGUGAAGAAUCACGAGCACAGUGAUCAGAGAGAAGGAGACCGAGGCAGCAAGAUGGUUUCUGAGAUCUACCUGACCAGACUGCUGGCUACCAAGGGGACGCUGCAGAAGUUUGUGGACGACCUGUUUGAGACGGUGUUUAGCACCGCCCACCGAGGCUCUGCUCUCCCAUUGGCUAUCAAAUACAUGUUCGACUUCCUGGACGAGCAGGCUGACAAACGGCAGAUCAGCGACCCGGAUGUCCGACACACCUGGAAGAGCAACUGCCUUCCUCUCAGGUUCUGGGUGAACGUCAUAAAGAAUCCUCAGUUUGUGUUCGACAUCCACAAGAGCAGCAUCACCGACGCUUGUCUGUCCGUCGUCGCUCAGACCUUCAUGGACUCCUGCUCGACGUCCGAACACCGGCUGGGCAAAGACUCUCCGUCCAACAAGCUGCUCUAUGCUAAAGACAUCCCCAACUACAAGAGUUGGGUGGAGAGGUACUACAGGGAUAUCUCCAAGAUGCCAAGCAUCAGCGAUCAGGACAUGGACGCCUACCUGGUGGAACAGUCCCGUCUCCACGGCAACGAAUUCAACACGCUGAGCGCGCUCAGUGAGCUCUACUUCUACAUCAACAAGUACAAGGAAGAGAUCCUGACGGCGUUGGAUCGAGAUGGGUACUGUCGCAAACACAAACUGAGGCACAAACUGGAGCAAGCCAUCAACCUGAUGUCUGGAAGCAGCUGAGAGGAGGCGAAGGACGAGCUGGACUGAUGGACCGAUGGACUGAUGGAUGGAUGGAUGGAUGGAUGGGGGAUGGGGAGGAAGGAUGGGGGAGGGGGACGUGAGGGCAUUUUGUUUUUCUGAACUGUUUGAACAGUCAGCUGAACUUCUCAGUGUUGGACCGAACCGACAGCCACAGCUCCGGCCGUUAACAAUCAAUCCAUCACCAAUUUAUGCGUCAGUUGAUCGAUUGAUUGAUUUGAGGACUGAAUGACUGACUGGCUGGGACCCCGACUACCUCCGUUUGGUGGGAUUUGGGGCAGAAAAUCAGUUUCCAAACCGAUUUGGAUACAUUUACAACUCGACUUCAGUUUGGAGUCGUUUUCGGGGGAAAAUGGAACCUUCUUGAUGAAUCUGUCGGUUUGGAUUUGGAUUUAAACUCACUGCAGGUUCAAGCAGGGAUCAAAACGAGGGAGCGUGGCUGUGGAGACGAGGCUGAAGACUUAGUCAGGUUUCACCAAACAAUGGAUGUGGAUCGAUCGACCUGACUUCAGGACUCACAGCUGGUUUGGAGCUGUGAAGAUGCUGCGUUGAAGAGCAAAAGGUCAAGUCAAGUUCCAAAGCUGCAGACUCGUUCUGGUCUGAAGGAUCAAGAAACGAGGCUGAUGGUCAGAGGGUCAGGUUAGAGCCUCAUGUUGUCAGGAUGAAUCCAGGCUGAAUAUCAAAAGGUCACGUCGAGGCUCAACAACCUCGGAAGCCUGUUUGCUGAUGUCGUUAUCUGGGGCCUCGCCUCGAGUCCUUCGCCUUGUACCGAAGGAUUCACUGUAAGAAGUUCAGGUCAAGCUUUAAGGAAGGAAGCGUCAAAGCCAAUCCUGAACAAGUGUGCAAAGGAUUCAGGAGGUUGUUUCAAGCUUUAACGAAGGAGACGAAAACAAAAAAACUGAUGUCGCAAAAACUGAUGACUUGACUUUUCCCUGAAGUCGGUGCUUCGUGACGGAAGACGUGGAAUUUGACUUGACCUCAGACUGUUCGAGCCUCGGCAGGAUCAAGAAGAUUCAAAGUUGCUGUUUUAAAUAACCACUCAAUGUUUUCUCUGGACAAUCACUCUGUACCACAGCACACUGAGCCUGAUGCCUACUGACCGACCAGAACCUGUGUCCAUUAACCCGUCUCCUGCCACCAUCCUCUCCUUUCCCUCCAUCCUCAGACUUUCACCUCCUACUUUGUUUCUCCCAUUCCAUCUCCUGCUCUGUCUUCUCCUUUCUGUCCUUCCUCAUUUCUUCUUCUCUCAACUUUCUAUUCUCCUCCUCCCCCCCAACCCUGCUCCGUCAUUGGUCAGUCAUGCUGGCCUCUGGCCAUCUUAUUGGCCAGGAAGACUCUUUAGUAAUGUACUGCCCGACCAAUCAAGACUGUGGAAUUCGCCAGAAUCGUCAAACAGAAAUGAAUCCAGAAUUAAGUUUUUAAUACAUUCCAGCACAGGCACACAGGCGACGUCUGUACAGAAGCAGGUUGACUCGCUCCUUUUUCAGGAAGUGAAGAGCUUCAGAAAUUGGACUGACCGGCAUUUUUCAGGACCAGAACGAUCGGAAAAUGGAGUUCUGGAUUCAGCACCAAUUGGUAAACUUUGAACUGGUUGGUGCAGAUCGCUUUAUUGUCAGACCUUGCACAUACGCCCACAUACAGCCAUGCUUUACAGCGCCAUGCUAACCGUGCCCAGGGGGAAAUACUGUGCAGAGCUGCAAGCCCAGUGCCAUGUAAAGACCGGACCGGAUCACGUCAGAACUGGACCGGACUUGGACCAAACCCGGAUCAAAAACAACCUGGAAUUGAGUUGUGACCGGACCGGACUCAAGAACUUAUCAGACUUGUGGCCAUAAUUGUAAACAACAAAAAAGAAAGAUAAUAAUAAUAAUAAUGAUGAUGAUAAAGUAUAAAAGUUAAAAAAUAAAACAAAAAGAAGGAAAAAAAAGAAAUAUUGAGAUGUUAACAUGUUAUAAGAACUUUGUGGAUUUGACAGUUUGGAUUUUAAGGAGCUGAACUUGUAUAAAGCUGAACAUUAUGCUACAUCAGUGUGAGGAGACGGAGAGAGAGAGCCAAGAGACGGGGCGACGGAACCAACCAAACCGACCCCGUCCUCACACCACCGGACCGGACCAGAGUAAACCGUGUCUGACCGGAUUUAACCGGACUGAACAAAUCUGUUCUGCUUUGAACCUGCAGGAGCUGAACUGGACUGAACCUCAGCUCCGUGUGCCGCAAGUUGAAAAACAAACUGGACGUUUUGGCACUUUUUUGCCAAACUGGAUGUUUGAACAGAACCAGAGGACGUGUGUGAGACGGAGGGCGGCCCGGAGGUUUGGGUGGUGUUAGCAGGGGGUAAAAUGUUGCAUGUGUAGCUUCAGAUGGAGUUUUUAUCUUGAUGAGCUCUUGUUGUGCCUCCUGAAGGAGAAUGAAGAAGCUUUCACACCGGCUCAGUCUUAAGAUCCAAAUAUAUCAGUCUGUCUCCAGAGCUCAGGUGCAGACGGAGGAGUUGGACCUCCACCCGGAUGGUCUUCAGACAUGAACACCAACUCUGUUGGUGCUGGUCAACAAAUUCAAACAACUGAAGCCGGUGUGAAACGCUCUGAGCCUCUGCAUGAACGAUGGUAGAUCCUGGAUGGAGGCAGAGCUGCAGCCCCCAACAGCCUCCUGUUUCCUGUGGUAGAACAUUUUCCCUCUGCACAGUUGGGUCGUGUUGUUCUGAAGUCGGUUCUGUGCAGACAGUAAAGGUCAAGAUGUCAGAGUUUUAGUUUAAAAGGUUAAAAAAUUAAAAUCCCAAGAAAACAUGUAGAAAUGUCAGUUUGGAUGUUUCAUCAGACGUCUGUGUUGCAGAGACGUUUGUUGUUAGCAUGCUAACAAUACAACUGCUAGCUGCACAGCUAACUGAGGCGACGGCAGCUACAGUUAGCAUCAGUUAGCGGAGAUGUUUGGAUUCUUACAUACUGCCCCAAUUCAACACAAAGACAUUUAAAAUCAUUAAACACAGAACUUUGUUUAAAAUUCAAUCAUUAAUAGUUUAACCUCCAGAACUUCUUCAUUCAUACUGUUUCCUCCUGUAUGAUGAAACGUGGACCAGAACCAUCUUCAGUUAACAUGUUUCAAACACCUUCAGGUCCAUCAGCCCGCUGUGAAAAUGUUCUGCCACAGCUGAAGCGUCUCUCUUUUGGCUCUCUGUGAUGCCAUAAAGCUACGAAGCACCUUUUUAUUUUCUUGCUGUUGUUUCACUGUCGUUUGAGAAACUGGGGCCAAAAGGACCCAAGAGGAGGAGGAGGAGGGGGAGGAAGAGGAGGAGGAGGGGGAGGAGGAGGGGGAGGAAGAGGAGGGGGAGGGGGAGGAAGAGGAGGGGGAGGGGGAGGAAGAGGAGGGGGAGGAGGGAGAGGGGGAAGGGUCCUGAUUAAAGACUGCCUUUUAAUAAUUAUAGAACAGGGAGGGAAGCCACUACCAUACACAUACCACUGUUCAUCCAACGUGUGUGUGUGUGUGUGUGUGUGUGUGUGUGUGUGUGUGUGUGUGUGUGUGUGUGUGUGCGCGCGCGCUGCUGCAGUGGAAACUCAGCCGUUAAAUCACUGAUCGUAUCUGCAGCUCAAUUAAAAAUCUUUUUCUUUACGUUGGCACCGUGUAAAUCGGCCGAUCGGAAUCUCCGGCACUCGUCACAUCUCCGAUCAAAGAUCUGAUCAGACCUCCGAUCAGAUCUUUGAUUGUCCUUUAAACUCAAAGUCAGCGAUAAAAACAUAAAUCGAGUUAAAAUUAAAUGCAUCCGCUUUAAUUGUGUCCUCAUCGCCAUUUUGACCAGAAUUUACCUUUUUUGUUAGUGAGAUAAGAUGGGAGGAGUUUCUGUCAGCGAGGAGGAGGAGGAGGAGGAGGAGGAGGAGGAGGAGACGUGAGCGAAUCUCUAGAGGAGAGUGUAAAGGCAAGGAAGGAAUGAUGCAUAGACAGUGUAGAGGAGGAAACACUCACUGCAUGCUGAGGAGGAGGAAGAGGAACGAGGAGGGUCCACCGUGCAAACAGAUGAAGAAGAGGAAACCUGAUGUUCUUUAAAUGCAGAGAGGAUAAAUAAAUGUUACAGUAGACGACAUGAGGAUCAGGAUGAAAGAGGAGGUCAGAAUGUGGAGGAGGAGGAGGAGGAGGAGGGAUGAAGGAGACUGCUUGAAUACUGAGAGCAGGCGAGACGGAGAAUACUGAUCAGGGAGAAAAAGACGGAGGCAACGUCAUCCAUCAAACCAGCUGAGGGAAGAAAAGGUCUGUGAGAGGAGGAAACACUCCCAGUGCAGAGAGAGGAGGAGGAGGAGGAGGAAGAGGAGGAGGAGGAGGAGGAAGAGGAGGAGGAGGAGGAGGAGGAGGAAGAGGAGGAGGUUCAGUUCUGAUCCAGGACUGCUGAUCUCGGGCCUGGAAGAAGGAAACCAAUCAUUUUAAGCAGAAGUGAAAAAAUACAAGUCAUUGUUUUCAAGAAUGAGGUUAAAACAAAAAACACUGUGAUCAUGUUGUUAGUUUAAUUUGACUGAAACAUCAGGACGCUCAGGUGCAGGUGAGGCCGUGAGCACACCUGUCCACCAGUAGGACACAGAAGCAGGCUGGAAUCAUGUUGAUGACGUCUGGAGGUUUUCUUCAUGUCAUUGUUCUUGAUUCUGUGACUUCCUGUAUCGUCACCAUGAGCGUCAAACACUGAGCCGGUCCUCAAGAAGAAAACUGACAGCGUUCGUUGUUCAAAGUGAUUAAAACCUCCGAUGGACAAAUCGUGACUAGUUUCUAUCAGAUCCAAACCCGAACGCCUCGUUUCCACAGUUUUUUUCUCCCAGAGUGUUGAACUCAACCAUUUCUUUACAGAUGCAACGCGAACACGAGAGAGAAGCUAAUAUCUCCGCUGCUACGUUCACGUGAAGCCGACAGCUGUGUCGCCAGUUACACAGCUAGCAUGCUACCAACGUUAGCUUAAUAUGCCAUCAAACGUCUGUAUUUAUUAAUAAGUUAGCAAAGUCAUUCUGAUGUUAACCUCCCCUGAAACAAAGAGUCACACUGAUGUUCAGGAUCCAUAUUCAGCUUUAUUCUGAUUAUUGUUUUCUGCGAUCGAUUGAUUUAAAGCAGUGGUGUCAAGAACACACCUGAUUUGGAUCAGGUGUGUUCUUGCUUGGUUGGAAUGAAAACCUGCAGCCACGUGGCCCUUUACUGGAUCAGUUUGACACCACUGAUUUAAAGGAAUUAAUUUAAUAGUUCAGUUCAGCAGCUCUGACGUAACGUCCGAGCUAGCAGCUAAAGUAAUCGGUUACAUGUAGCGGAGUGACAGUUAGAAGCAUCAGAAAACAGAACUGCUGAGGAAAAAGACCUCAGAUUGUAUUUGAGUGAAUUGUAGUUGGUAACUUUGAGUUCACUUUAGUUUUUCCUUUAAAUGAAAGUCAGAGCUGGUUUCUUUAAUCGUGACAACAACAAUUAUGUUGAAUUUUCACUCGGUGGAGUUUCAGGAAACAGAAGUUUAGUUCGGAGGAUUUCAACACGAGACGACUUUCUUUGAUCGGGUCGGUGCUCGUGUUCAGACGACGUUUAAGAAUCAGGAACUUUAUUUAAUUAAUCGAUUUAUAAAGUUUCUGUUGGAUCUUUUCCAAACUGAUGCAUCAAGAGAAAGUUGAGCUCCGGUCGUCAGGAGUCACAUCGUCAUGAGCGUCUGACAAACCGCUCUGAGCCGCCGGGGGCAGCAGGGAGGAGUCUUCAUCUCUGGAUCCGUCCUGGAUCUCCAGAAUCUGGACUGACAGGGAGUCAGAGAGAGGAGCUGAACAGGACACAGAGGACAAACCGUCUAAAAAAUUAACAUUCGGAUGAUUUCCACUGUUGCAGCGACCGGCUCGUGUGUGUGUUUGUUUCAGUGUGACGCGCACACACACACACACACACACACACACACACACACACACACACACACACACACACACAGAGUUUUUAACCUCCUUCAGCGGUGAGAUAUUUAUUGAUUACUUUAUUGUUUUCUUUCUUUUAAUUUAUUUUUUCUGAUGAGUUUUAUUUAUUGUGGGAGGACGAAUACGUUUUUAUCGGUUUGUACAGCGUUAAAGACACACACACACACACACACACACACACACACACACACACACACACACACACACACUUCCAUGUUCAGGCUGAGAAACGACCGCCGACUGUGCGACACUGAUUCGUUUUAAUCAGAUGAAAUUAAAAAGAUUUAAUUUUAUAUUCAGACGAAACUUUUCAGUUGAAUCCACAUCAAAUCUGUCGAUCAAUCAGAAGCUGUGUUCUGGUCGGUCGUUUCCCAUCCUGUCCUCGUUUGUGCAUCUGAGGCUGACAGAUCGAUCGAUUCGAUUGAUUAUAAAUCAUCCAUCAGACUCGUGAACAGUCGAGGAGUCGUUCAAAUCUUCUGACUCUUAAUAAUCCAGACGAUGGUUCCAGGAGCUGGGGGGCGGGGCCAAACGGCGCUGAUCCAUCAAACACUUCAACUGUACUGAAAGAAAGACCGUGUUGAGCUGAUGUCAGGAUCAUUGAUCCAGCGGCCUCACGUGGUCUUUAAAUGUCACAUUGGAAAUAAACUUGACUUUGUGUGGUCCGGCGCCGCUCGCUGGAGAUUUGUGUUCAGAUUCUGUUGAUGAUCAGCGGGAGUCUCAGUAGAAUUGGGUCACAGCAGCGCCGCUAGUUCGAGUUGCCCUGAUCUCCCAGAGGAAACCAAUCAGAGCUGACUGCCCGCCCUCCCACACUAAGCCCCUCCCACCCCUGCAGACUCCCAACAGACGGUUGGCUGACUGACAGACGAGUCGAGCCGACAGCCAAUCCCAGCGGGCCUCAUUGUACCAUAGCAACAGCAAAUCACUGGACCCCCUGCUGAGCGUGACGGGGGGUCGAUGUCUUUAUUGUACCAUAAUAUGAUUAUUAUUACUACGAUUAUAAUAAUUAUUAUUCUGAGCCGGUGCUUCUCGGCUGCUGUCGGAUCAGGACCUUCAAAUCAACUUUAUCCAAACGCACUUUCCUGAACAAAGUCUUGGAUUUUAAACAUGAAGAACAACAAGAACUCCCGCGGCUCGCCCAGUUGUUUCCUGCUUGGGCCUCGUCCGGGUCCACAGCCACCAGUCGAGAAGCACCGCUCACACUGGAUCUUGUGUCUUAGUUCAGGAUGGGAUUGUUCAUUCAGGCGGCGCUUCAGGUGUCGGGUCGCGAGGCUUCAUGACGCUUUUCUAAACACGAUACGAUGAGUCGCUGUGAUGUCACGGACAGAUGUCGUGUAGAGAACUGAUCCCAGAGAAACCCGCCUGCACCCGACAUGUUUAAAUUAAAGUUCGAAUAAUCAAAUGUUCCGACCCGAGAGAUCUGAGGACAGGUGGUACUGAUCGGAUCCAAGGUUUAUUGUGAGGAGAGACAGACAGAAGUCCUCCGGAGAGCUUCAGCGUUCAUUAGUAAAGUCCAAGUGACGUCCUCAGAACCUUGAUUCUGGCUCUCCAGUGGAACAUUUUUCACUUCUCAACAUCGUCAGAGACGUUAAAAAGAUUUCUUUAUACGAUGUUUCUGCUCAGAAUGAUCCAGGAUGAAUAAUUAGGAUCCUGCUCAGUUCAGAACUUCAGAUAUUGGGAACCCGAGUUCUCCUGACGAGACGUACUCGUCACGUUACUGCAGGAAUCUUCACCUCCUUUUUUCAUCCGCUCGUUUAAAAACUGUUUUGAAUCUUCAGCGGCUCGUCGCUCUCGUCAGAACGCUGCUCACCAGACGCCUCGCCUGAUUCAUCACAUGACGUGUAUGUGAUGACAUCACAGCGCUCAGAUCUCAUCACGCCACUAAUGAAGCCUCGUGAUCCGCCUCCCGCUGCAGCACAGCGCCGCCGCUCAUUCACUCUGCCUGGAAAACUUCUUUUCACUGCGAAUGCAGAAACACACGUCGCCUUGAUGCAGUGCUUUCCAGGAUGUAGUCAGGGCCCAUUUUUUGAUACCAUUUGCCAUUGCCUUGUUUUUAUUUUUGCUGAGUUAAAAUGUAAUGAUGAUGAUGAUGAUGAAUCUUCUUCAUGUAAUAGCCUGUGUCAGUUUUUAUACCAUUGCCAUUGCCUUCUGCUGAGUUUGUAUAUUUGUGUGAUUUCACUAAAGUGUAAUGGAAAAGUUGGA